GGUAAAACGCUCCUUUGCUGCGGGUGCUUGCUAGCUGCUAACAAAGUGAUCAACACAUCGCUAAGCUGCGCUCAAGUGAGUGUUGUGAUUGUUUGAAAAUGUGUAAAGUACAAAUGUUGAGAACGUUGGUGAAUCGGCGACUAACUGCGGCAGUUGAAGAAAUAUUUGUAGUGUUGGAAAGAACGAUAGCAAAGUACGAGGAGGAACUUUCUCGAACAAAAGAGGAGAACGAGCGGCAGCGUCAAAUACUGGACGCUAUUUUCAAGAAGCCUGGAAUUGUGUUAUACAGAAAAGCAGUCAGUGCAGAACAUCUUGCACCUGAUCAGGAGAAGCCACAGCCCCCCCACGUUAAAGAGGAAGAGAAUGAUCACAGCAUCAGUCAGGAGAAAGAGCAUCUUGAAGGACUGGAGGAGUUUCCAGGGAUUGGUGUCCCUGUGAAGACUGAAGAUGAUGAAGACAAAGGUGAAAGUGAGGAGAAGAGAGGGGGGGAGCCUCCAAGCAGCCGCUCGACUCAACACAUGACAACAGAAGCUGAUGGAGACCACUGUGGAGGAUCACAAGCAGACAACCGAUUAGCUCCACUAUCAGAUAAUGACAACACAACGUCACUCUCUCCUGACACUGAUGAUGUAGGUGCUAAAGCUGAUAUGACAUGUCACACUGACAACACACACUUUAAAUGCUCUCACUGUAACAAAGUGUUUAAAUACCGUGAUAAUAUGAAAACACACAUGAGAUUACACACAAGAGAGAAACGAUUCAUGUGCUUAUUUUGUAAUGCAAGAUUCUUUCGGAAGGAUCAAUUGACAGCACACACAACAACACACACUGGUGAGAAACCUUUUACUUGUUCAGUGUGUGGUAAGGGUUUUGGACAUAAUCAAUAUUUGAAAAAACACAUGAGAAUACACACUGGUGAGAAACCUUUUACUUGUUCAGUGUGUGGUAAGGCUUUUAGAUAUAAUCAAUAUUUGAAAAAACACAUGAGAACACACACUGGUGAGAAAGUGUUGAGUUGCGGUGUGUGCGCUAAAGGAUUCUCUUCUAAGUGAUUGUUAAGCACCAGCUUGGUGAGAACAGCAGCAGUAAAUGAAGUAGCAGGAUGUGAAAAAAGCUGUCAAGACUUGGGUAAUUUGGACUUUCUAGAAAGAAGAAACCUUUUACAUGUUCAGGGUCUGAUUUUGGUUUUGCACAAAAUCGAUAUUUGAAAAUACACAAAGAAGAAAACCAUUUUACCUUUAUCUGUUCAGUGUGUGGUUAAGGUUUUGCACAAAAUUGCCCCCCACAUGUUUAUAUCUAACGGGCCCCCGUCAGCUCUUUGCCUCACUGACUCUUGAGUGCCCGUAUGUUUGACCAUACCCGCGCCCAAUAAUACGGUGCGCCUUAUAUGUGUGUUAAAUGCAGAAAUGGCACCCAUAAUUGAGACUGUUCCUUUUAAUACUGUGCACCUCAGUAAUUCAGUAAUCUUUGUAAGUUUUCUUCUUGUAAUAUUAUGACUUUAUUCCCAUAAUAUUAUAACUGUCCCCCCCCCAUAUCAUUUUCGAAAAUAUUACUAUUUUGUUUAGUUUCUCAUCUUACAGCUUUAAAAAACCAUUUAAUAUUUAAACUCUAUGCUACUAAAAUGACAAUAUUACGAGUUUAUUCUCAUAAAAAUUGCGACUUUUUUACUUGUUAGAAUAUGACUUUUUACUCCUAAUAUUUGGACUUCAUUCCCGUAAAAUUACAGCUGUUUUCCCCAUUUCUACUGUUGCCCCCCACAGCCCACCUCUAGUCUUUUAAAUUUUCUUCUUGUAAUAUUAAGAGUUUCUUGCCAUAUUUGAUAUUAUUUUGAUAUUAUUCCCAUCAUAUUAGAAACUUGUGUUUCUCACAAUUUGAAAAGUGUUUUUCUUUUAAUAUUUCAAAUAGAAUAGAAUACAACUUUAUUGUCUGUUGUAUAUAACAGAAAUUUGUCUUCCAACACGGCUUAUAAAAAUUCAUUCACAAUGAAGUACAAUAUAAAACACACAACAAAAACAAAAGUCACAAACAAAAACAAAAAAAAUACUACUAUACAAGAACAACAGUGCUACCGGGCGCUGUUUAACAUAGUUACUGCAACUGCAAUAAAGGAUUUCUUGUAGGUGUUUUUGCGGGCCAGUGGGGUUCUGUAUCGUCUGCCUGACGGCAGCAGAGAAGGACUGGUGCAAGGGGUGUGUGGCAUCCUCAGUGAUGAGAGUGGCUUUUCUCAGCACUGAUCGCCUAUGCAAUUCACAGAGGGGAGUCUGAGGUGUUUGAGUGAUUUUACGGGCCUGGUUUAUGAUUCUUGAGAGUUUUGUUUUAUGUUUGAGUGUGAGAAAAUUGUACCAGGAAGAGAUAUUAUAUGUGAAGAUGGAUUCUAUAAGUGAAGUGUACACAAGAGUUAAAAUGUCUUUGCUAACAUUAAAAGAUCUGUU